AUGGGCUCGAUUGUAUUAAAAAGUCUAUCAAUUCUAUUGGGGGUGUUUUUUAUAUUUGUUGGGAUAACUAAACUAACUCCGUUUAUUUCUAAGGAAUUGCAUAAAGAUUUGAGGAAAGAAUAUGUGAGAUAUGCAAAAGUGUUUCCUUUAACCGAAAUGUUGGAUUUCAAAUUACCAUCGAAAUGGUACAGAAGAACCGUUGGUGGACUAGAAAUACUCUUCGGCCUGGCGAUGGCAGCCAUUCCUAGCCACAAGGUAAAGAAUGCGGCCAACGUGGGGCUAGUGCUGCUGAUGAUACUGGCUGCCUACUCCCACGUGAUGGUGGGCGAUCCUUUCGACCGCUGCGCCCCCGCGCUGGUCUUCUUCUUCAUGCUCAGCGGCCGGCUGGUCGUGUGGUAUCAGACCAGCCGACGCGAAGCGUUAGAAAAAGCAGCCUCAACGCAGAACGGAAACGGUCUCAAGAGGGAC